AUGUCGACUCUGGGCAACAAGCUGCGAAACAGGCUGUCCGGUUCGCACAGGCGUGCUUCUCGGACAGGACUCACGCCCGAGCCCGACACGAAAGAGAACAUUCAACCUCUCACGCCGUCACACUCGCAGUCACAGUCACAAGCCGACGGCGACAAAGCAUCGGUCAAAGUUCCAAAAGUUCUGGUAAAUGGGUCAAGCGCAUCCGAAACUUUGGAAUCGACCAAUACGCAUACAUCGGCAGAAACGGCAGCAAGGCCUGAAUUGCAGGAUCGUUCGGACUCGACGAUCUCUGCGGCCGCCAGUGCUGCUACUGCGAGCACCAUCAGCACUGGGGAACCUCCGGCAGAGAUUAGCACGACUGUCACUACAGAAGUGGUGCGUCCUGGCACGCAGGCGGGCGAGGCAGAUGCUGUGAAAGAGGAAAGGCUGUCUCAGAGCCACACCACCCAAGUCACGCACCUCAACGCUUCAGGUAAGUGCUCGUCGAGUUGCAAAGAGGGGGGUGUUGCGUCUCAGCAUGCGGCAGCCCCACGCAUACCUGCCUGGCUGCACACGCUGACGCGCACCCUUUCACUCCCACGACAGACGUCAAGCACGAAGUCGGCAAGGAUGGUUCGAUUGUGCUGAAACCGCAGGAAGCGGCGUCGUCCCGCAACAAAAAGCGAGGCAAAAAGAUUCGCGCUUUGGUCACCUUUGUCCCUCGUGAAUCCAAGUUUGACCGGUACAACGCCGAGUCGGCAGGAGAUCCGUGAGUAGGCAGAUCAUCAGCUUUUCCACCCCCAUGCCGAUGAGGCCCUGAUCCUUCAACUUCCGCUCGCAACAGCUUCCGCGGCUUCUAUGUGCUCUUCUGGAUCUCACUCUUCCUGCUCAUGCUGGACACGUUCUACACCUCUUGGGCAUCCACUGGACAAUUCAUCUCCUUGGCUUUCGCGACUCUUUUCAGCAAAGAUGCGGGUGUGCUAGUCCUGAGCGAUGCAGCUCUGGUCGGAAGCACCUUCAUAUGCGUCCCUUUUGCAAUCAUGCUCAAGCGAGGUUGGUUCAGCUACUGGCCUUCUUUGAUCUGGCUCCAACACGCCUGGCAGAGCGUGCUCCUGGGCGGGGUUAUCAAGUGGACCCAGUAUCGGGACUGGCCAUGGGUUCAAUCGGGCUUCAUGACGCUCCACACGCUCAGCAUGAUGAUGAAGGUGCAUUCCUACUGCGCCGUCAAUGGCGCCAUGGCCGACUCCUUCUGCAAGAUGCGUCGAGUGGAACGUCAGCUGGAAGAGAGAGUUGCUGAGAUUGCCAAAGAUGCUGCGCCGCAUGAAAGCACUCGCAUCUCGCAAGAAGCGUGGAAUGUCGCGCUUUCGGAGGCCUCGAAAUACCAAGCGGGUACAAAUGGAUCCGGCGCCAAUGGCAUCAAAGCGGAGAGAGUGGAGGACUCGGCUGCAACGUCUGCGUCGCUCUCUGCAGCAGACGAGAAUGUCUGGGCAAGUCUGGAGGCUCAGCGGGGCUCUUCGAGGCUCAGGCAUAGAAACAAUGCCAGCGUGCUCAAGAGGCGAACAACCAGCGGCCCAACGAGUCCCGGUCCUCACUCGUCGCAAGCACCUGUCGGCACCAAAGGCGGCGCAGCAGGAGACACAACCACUGUGAGGGAUCCUCACCCCCUUGCGUUCCACCCUGACCCGGUUGUCAGCAAGCUUGCCAAAGACAUUGAAGAGUUGCGCGAGGAGCUGCUGUCUAGCGAUCCUGACGAGUCUGGCGAGCAUGUCUCUUGGCCGCAGAACGUGACCUUUCGCAACUUUUUCGACUAUCUCUGCUGUCCCACGCUGGUGUACGAGCUCUCCUAUCCUCGUGUCAAAACGUGAGUGAUAUUUCAUGCAGCGCGGCAUACGCACAAAGGCUGACCACUCCCGACUCGAUGUGCGUCGCAUCGCAGCAUUCGCCCCUCCUACCUGCUAGAAAAGGCUCUAGCAGGCGUGGGCACGUUUUGCGUCAUCUACGUCAUCACAGAACACUGGAUCAUGCCCCAUCAACCUGCAGCAGGAACCUCGCUCGCCAAGACCUUUUUCGCCUUGGCCGUGCCCAUGCUCGUCAACUACCUUCUCAUCUUCUUUGUCAUGUUUGAAUGCGCCCUCGCGUUCGCUGGCGAAGCGACGCGAUUCGCUGAUCGAGAAUUCUACUUGGACUGGUGGAACAGUCGAAGCAUGGAUGAGUUCAGUCGCAAGUGGAACAAGCCCGUGCACACCUUUCUCCUCCGGCAUGUAUACGCCCACUCGAUAACUGCGGGCGUAAGCAAACAGUUGGCUCUAUUCCUGACCUUUUUGCUCUCUGCACUCCUUCACGAGCUCGUCAUGGCCAUCGUCAGCGGCAAGAUACGUGGCUACCUCUUUGCCAUGCAGAUGGCGCAGAUUCCUCUGAUCGCCAUCAGCCAGAUACCCUGGGUCAAACAGAGACCUACCCUCGGCAACGCCUUCUUUUGGAUAUCCCUCGCCAUCGGCUUUGUCACCCUCGACAUUUGCUACAUUAUGUACUGAGCUUGCGCUCACCUUUGCCUGCCACCAAUGUCCAGCAACGAGAAUGCAUUUGCUGA